UGAAUCUACACGUUUGACCUAGCGAAGCGCUAUUAUCAUCUAUCUUUAGGCCAUAAAUACCCCUUCUCCUCUGCCAACCAUUUUCUCUCUUCUCCUCAAGGAUUCAUUAUCAGCUUCAACAGCAUCCGUUAAUCAACACCACGAUUGGUUCAUGAUUGAUGCAUCUCUAACAUCGAAGACUUUAUGUGUAUGAUUGAUUCCAAGGAUGGAGGUUAACUUUCGUUUGGAUUGCUAGAGAAACACCGGCCAUUUGUUGUUGAUUGAGGUCCAGUAGAAGAUUAAACGCAGGUCACUCUGCAAGCUAUAAUUUAUGACAUUGAAAGUGUCUCAACUAACACAUACCAGAAUGGAUCUGGAACUUUUGAACUAUAUCAAUGUGGGUAUGAAGUGGAACGUUAUGAGAAAAGGUCGAACCAGCAUGACUAGACGCCCAAGGAAGCCAGGGGCAGACGGUUUAUUGGUCUACAAUAUACAGGAAGCGCCCGCCUUUGAAAGCAAGAAGUCUGGCGGUACACUGAAGAUUGUUGAUGCUUCUUCAAAGAAAAGAAGACUUUCGCAUCAAUCGGCAUCACCACCUGGUCAAACGCGGUGUAUUAAGGGUGAAGAAGGUGUGUCGCCUGGACCUCAAACUCCCUCUCUUUAUCGUGAAGAUUCUGGUCAACGGUGUUGGGUAUCAAAGAGCCAGAAAACAAAAUCCAAAACUCGGUUGAGAAACAGUAAGAUGAAGAAGACGAAAAAAGAGGUUUUAAAUCUGGAUGACUUUUCAGGUAUUGAACUUCUUGCUGAUGUUGCAUGCAGUAGUUUCAUUCAUGAAACUGCAGAUCGUGUUGAGGAUUUCUCUAUGUCCAAAGAACACACAACACCUGAGGUUAAAACAUGCAGCAUUGAUAAAAACGAAGAUAGCGUAUCACCUGGAUCAAAUUGUUCGGUAGUUCAACAAACUGUUCAUGGAGUUGAGGAGAAAAAGGUUGCUCCUUCCAAAGAGUUAAGGUUACAUUGGGACUUGAAUACUGUAAUGGACGAGUGGGUGGAUCCUUGUGAUGAUAAGCUGAUUGAACCCGUGAAGCGUGCUGAUGCUUCUAUCUCAGUUGUUCCAGUCAUUGAUAGCUGUAAUGUUAAUUCUUGUAAAGAAACAUAUGAAUUUGUUGAAGGUUUGGAGGUGACGGGCGCCAAGACUGCUACUAAGAUGUCAGAUGGCGAGAGUUCUGCAAGCAAAUCAGAGGUGGUUGACUCUUUGACUCAUCCAGCCAAGUGUGAAGAUCUUUACGCUUCAACCACAUCAGUUUUAAAAGAACAAGUCAUUGCAAAAUGUGAAUCAGGCACCAUAGAUGGUCUCAAGUUCGACGAGCAGCCUGUUUUUGAGAAAGUAAUUCAAGUUGGUUGUAACAACAAAGUUACUACAGAUGAUCAUGUGAGUGAGUGCUGUUGCUCAAAUGUUACUCAAGAAGAACAGGGUCACAUGGCUGAGGGAGAUUUAGAGGAAAAAAAUCAGGUUGGUUAUGAUUCACCCUUUGAAGAUGGCGAGUUACGAGAGCCAGUUGCAAAAUCAGGAAAGGAGACUGUAUGUAACAAGCCUGAUAACAUAUACACCGAUAACUUUGGCACUAUUGAAAACCCCGUGACAGGAAAAGUCAACCAUGGUCAAACCAUGGACAAUCCACAUUCAUUGUCGGUGAAAGAAGUUGUACCUAACAAUGAAACCGAGCAAGGUGUGCAAGUAGAUACUUUUGAAAGACUGCAUGCUGGUGAACCAGGAAAGGAUAUCCGUGAAAGGAAAGGCGGGUUGCAUAUUGAUGAAUCAACAUCUUUUGAUGAGUGUAGGAAUGGUGAAUUUAUACAUCGAAGCAGGUCUAGUAAUAUUGGAGAUUCGUCGAUGAGAGUAUGGGACUUGAAGAGCCACAGGUGUCUCGGCAGAAACUAUUCUAGAAACUAUAAUUCAAGAGGUGGUGGUGGUUACAGGACCCAAGACAGAAGACCAUCACCGUCCGACAGAAACAACGGUUAUGGUAGCUAUAGAGGACCAGCACCAGCUAGAGGCCAUGGCGGUGAUAGAUACAGAUAUCAUUCACAAGAAUACAAUGAUCUUAAACCUUGUUAUUCAGAAGUAAAACCACAUCUUUCCUCUGGUUUAAAUCGGCCCGGUACUCGAUCUCGAUCCAGAUCUGGGUCCCCUCCGAUUGCUUGGAAUUUUCAAAAACGCAAAAGUUUUGAUACAAGUAAAUCUGGUGAGAUUAAAACCGGAACCAGGGGCGGUCAUGUGUCUCCUGAGCGCUCGUCUAAAUGUAUUGAUGACCGCCAUAGAUUCAGGGAUGACCAAUUUAGAGACACAAGACGGGCAUCCAUCACAACGAUUCAGCAAAAACAACGAUAUGAACCAACUGGAUAUCCUGAAAGAUUGAAGCCAGAUGAUUAUUUGCGGUUUAAUCAACGUUCUGCAAGGUUUUCACAUACGACUGGUUACAAAUACAAGGAUAACAGCGAUGAUAUCAGGAAACAUGAUGGUUACCAUGAAAAGGUGAACCGUGUGGGCCGAUCUGUUGAUGAUGGUGUGAGGCGGUUUAGGCAUGCUCAUAAUCGAGAGUAAAAAGUUGUAGUUUACAGGUUCUAGUUCGGGCUCACAGUGGAGUACUGAAUCUCUUAUUCUUUUUGUUUUUUCGUUUCUUUUCAUACAGUCUGGAGGGUAGUUAUAUAUAAAACCAAGCCAGGCCUUGGACCAAAGUGCUAAGAGUCUUUUUUGUCAUGAGGGGUAUUUAGGACAAUUUCAUUGUAUGUUUCUUGUCCUGUUUUUUGUUUGGUCAAUCACCAUUUUGAUCGAAUGGUUCUCUUUGGCCAUCAUCUCCUCUGUAAGAAGAAAAAAAAGCUAGAUUAAAAAUUUUUGAAUGCAGAUCUGCAUUCUGUUUUCAAUCA